AUGGGAUUAUGCAACUUGGUCAAUCUUGAAUUCCUGGAUCUGUCUCUAAAUCAUCUGUCUGGGACUAUUCCAUCUUGCUCUAAUCUACAAAAGGUGUUGCAUGUACAUUUGGCCAAAAAUGAACUUGGUGGAACACUGUCAGAUGCCCUUUUUAUAAACUCUUCAUUGGUAACAUUGGAUUUCAGUGAAAAUAACUUAACAGGAAGAAUUCCAGAUUGGAUUAGCACGCUACCUGCUUUGAGCGUUUUUCUUCUAAAAGCAAAUCAAUUAGAAGGUGAAUUUCCUGUACAUUUAUGCAGACUGCAAUCAUUAAGCAUCUUGGACCUGUCACAGAAUAAACUUUCUGGUCAUAUACCUUCCUGUUUAAGUAAUUUAACUCUCAAGCCAAGGAGUGAAAAGUCUUACACCGGAUCUACUGAUUUUGGGCUUCUUUUAUUUGAUAAGAUAAUAGUAGACAUGGGACUAACAAUAUAUAAUCUCAUAGGCGAUUCAGAGACUGUAAAAGACUAUCCUUUUACCUUCCAAGAAGAAGAGGUAGAGUUUUCAACAAAGGGUGCAAGAUACACGUACAAGGGUAAUAUUCUUGAAUUGUUGUCCGCAAUUGAUCUCUCUUGCAACCAAUUCACAGGGAUAAUCCCACCUGGAUUGGGGAAUUUGAGUGAAAUUCGAGGGUUAAACGUGUCACAUAACAACUUAACUGGACCUAUCCCCUCAACUUUUUCAAAACUCAAGCAGAUUGAGAGUUUGGACCUUUCCUACAACAAUUUAAAUGGAAGGAUCCCCCCUCAACUGACUGAGGUGACCACUUUGGAGGUAUUCAGUGUCGCACACAACAACUUGUCGGGGCCUCUUCCUGAUAGGAAAAAUCAAUUUGAGACCUUCGAAGAGAGAAGUUACAAGGGAAACCCUCUUCUUUGUGGACCUCCCUUGAACAAGAGUUGUAAUGAAUGUGACUCACUAGGAACUCCAAGUGCUUCAUCUAGUGAAGAAGAACACGGUUUUAUAGACAUGGGUGAUUUCUAUAUCAGCUUUGGAGUUUCCUAUGCAAUUAUAUUCUUGGCAACUAUUAUUGUACUCUACAUAGACCCAUAUUGGAGACUAGCAUGCUUUCAUUGCGUCGAAGACUAUAGCAUCGCCUGCUAUUUCUUCAUUGUGGAUAGUCUUCGUCGGUUGCUCUACUUCAAAAGAAACAUCUAA